CCCCGGGGCCAGUACGCGGCCGUGUAGCUAGACCUUCCCAUCCCUCAGCCCCCUAGGAGAGCUGGCGCCGCCAUGGAGGAGUACCAUCGCCCCUGCGACGAGGUCGGCUUCAAUGCUGAUGAAGCCCACAAUAUCGUUAAAGAGUGUAUAGAUGGGGUCUUGGGAGGUGAAGAUUAUAAUCAUAGCAACAUCAACCAAUGGACUGCAAGCAUAGUGGAACAAUCCUUAGCACAUCUGGUUAAGUUGGGAAAAGCUUAUAAGUAUAUUGUGACCUGUGCGGUGGUCCAGAGGAGUGCAUAUGGCUUUCACACAGCCAGCUCAUGUUUUUGGGACACCACAUCUGAUGGAACCUGUACUGUAAGAUGGGAAAACCGAACCAUGAACUGUAUUGUCAAUGUCUUUGCCAUUGCUAUUGUCCUGUAACAGGCUAAAAAUGUUCGACCAAAACCAUUAACAAGAAUUUGUCACUGUAUCCUUUCUAAAAAGAGUAACAGUUACUUAUUCGUGUGCUAGAUGACAAGUGUGCAAUAUGCUUCAAAACUAUCAACAAAAACUGAAUAGUGCAAGCAAGCAAUCUCAUAGGAAGUUGGCAGAUUAUCUCAUAUUCCAUAUAGCAUCAUUUAAAUAGGAAAACCUCAACAUUAGCAAAAAACAAAUACAGAAAUAUGGCAUGACAUGAAAAUACAAUCUUAUAUUUAUACCGGCUUUUCACUAAUAAUAUGUACCUAAGGAGAUGGGAAAAACCAUUCAGAUAAUUAAAUUCUCUUUCAGCUAGAAAAGUUAACAGGGAUAAAUAUGUGAACAAAAGUACUGCAAGGAUAAAUGUGGAGAAAAUGAUAAUAAUUAGUUAACACUUCUUAGUUUUUUAUUUCUCCUUCUUAGUUGUACAUAUGAUUUAGUGGAAAGUAAUUCUAUUCUUUUUUUUUUUUUUUUUUUCUUGGCCGUGCCACGCAACUUGUGGGUUCUUAGUUCCCUGACCAGGGAUUAAACUCAUGCCCUCGGCAGUGAAAGUGCAGAGUCCUAACCACUGGACCACCAGGGAAUUCCCUUAAAUCGGCUUUUUAAAUUUCAAAUUCUUAUUUACAUUUGAGGGCGAAUUAAAUCAGGUAACCUGAAUUCCCUAGGUAAACAAAAUUAGUUACAGUGUAUGAUGAAAAGUAUAUGACUCUAACAGCUGCCUUACACUUCAUUCAUUCCAUGUGUUACAAACAUUUACUGAAUGUCUGUUAUGAGCUAUUUCUCUGCUAAUUAUAGUUAUCAAUAUGCUGUUCAAACUCUAAGUUUCUUUUGGUACCUAUUCAGUUGGACAACUAACAUUUAUGUUUGGGAAGGAAAAAAAAAGCUGUUUUACAAGAGAGGAAAAAAGUGAAUCUGGUUAUCCAGGUAGAAGUAAGCAAAUGAAAAGCACUUAUUGCUGACAGAAUUAUAGAUGAAAUUUUAAGAACUGCUCCUAACAAGCAAAAAAAUGCAUAAAAUAUGCAACUCUUAGUUAAAGGCCUUAUUAGCAGUAUAAUAUACAAGUAGUAAAUUUUGUCAUUGCUUUAGUUACAAUCAUCUGUAAAUAAUUUUAAAUACUUAUUAUGUGAGGUUCAAAUUGAGUGAAGUGUAAAUUAAACGUAUACAAUCAUUAGCAGGUUAUUGAAUAUCUCAGGGCUUAUGAAAUAUAGUUAAAUUUAUUAAGAAAAUAAAAGAUGAAAAAUUAGGGUACACAGCUGGCCACCAAAUGCAAAGUCAAUUUGCUAUUUAACCUUGAAAACAAAAUCAAUUUUGCAUAUUACCACUAACACUAAUACAUAUAGGGAGUGGAACCAUGAUUCAUUGAAUUCUGGGGGGAAAGAAAAGCUUAGUGUUGACAAUAUUAAGAUAGUAUUCUUCUAGGAAUACUAUGUGCAUGUUUGAUAUUUUGCUGAGUAACAGUAAUUGUUCAGUGUGUAAGAAGAAGAUGAAGAAAAUACAAGGAUAGAGUUUAAUGCAGUGAUCUACAUUUUGGGCACGUCAGAAUUUAUCAGUCAUUACCUUUAUGUUAGUUUACGCUGCUGGCUUUUGUGCCUUGAAGAUUAUAAUAGUGACCAAAAUACAUCUGUGCAGUUAAGGCUCGCUUUUGAUUAUUGUUAUUGAAGCCUGAUUUUAAAAGAAUAAUAAUCAAAAAUACCUCGUGAACUUGCUAUCUGCUCUGUUUCUAGUUAAAAUGUAAUAAAGAUUAUCUUCCUGCACUGUACGUUUGCUUCCGGAUGUUCACUGAAUAGUUAAAGAAAUGGCAUUGUCUUUAAGAAAUUCUAAAUAACAGGAAUGAGGAAGAGAAAUGAAUGUCAGACCACAUAGAUACACUGUACAGAAUAAAUGCCAUUAAAAUAGCAACCCGAACCCAGUGUUCACCAUUACA